GGCCGGGCCGGGCCGGAGCCUGCCCCGGGAGGCCCAUGCCGGUGUGGGGCCGUGUCCCGCUUGUCCCGCGGCACCGCAACCCCGGGCCUCGAAAGGAACCGGCUUUCCUUUCCCGCUUCUCCUCCUUUAUUUCAGCCGAAACUCUUAAGGGAGAUAGCGAGAAAACAUUGUAGCUCGAUGUCUGUCCCUCCUUCCCCCCAGCUAAUCCCCCAUCUGGAGAAUAGAGGAGGCGUGUCCUGCCAUGGUGUUCUGACAGCUAUUUCUACCAAUGCUUUAAUGGAACAGUUGCGUUUAAAAUAUCAACAAAGGCCAUGGACUGAAACUCUAAAACUUGUUUAUUUUUGCAUGGGUAACCCACAUGGAAAGCCUGUCAGUAAUGCUCCAGAUGGUCUAUUGCUUUCCUGCACAGAGAAGAUAGAGAGGACAUUAAAUGCUAAAUCCAUGUUUUCUGUUAUGAAUGCCUUGGAACUUUUAUCCAGACAAAAAGGACUUACUGUUCAUGUUAGCCCCAGUGGAACUGCCUGCUACAUAACAUCAAUGAUGUUUUAUGUAGAAAUUCAGCUGGAGAAGGAUGGAGAUGUGAUGGAUGUAAAGCUGGCUCACUUUGAAGAAGCUCCUGUGGUUUGUGAUGACUUGGUCCAGCUACUAAGGAUGAAGAACUAUGAUGCCUUUGGCAAGAUUCUAGAAGACCUGUCAAAUAUGUAUCAAAUUCCAGGAAACAGCGAAAUGAAAGCUAAGGGAUAUCUUGCUUUGCAGGCCCUUGAAAAAGAUCUUUAUUCAAUGUCUCUUCUGGACAGAACACAGGAUCUAAACAGAGUUACUGAAGUACUUAAUGGAAAAGUAGGACACCUGGUGCCAAGAACUGGAGGAACCCCAAUGAACAUUGAAUUCUACGUUUCUCCCUAUCAAGUUUUGGAAGCAGAACUAAAUCAUGGUUCCCAGGUAUGUGGAACAAAAGCAGUUGUAACUGUUGAAGGCAUGGAUACACUCCACAAACUGCCUCUUUCUCCAUUAAUUGUAGAUCCUCAAGCUGGAGAGGACAGCAGCCUUGUUUUUUUGCAACUGACUGAUGAACUCAGCAUGGAUUUGCCAGCUCUUUUUGUUCUGAAGUUUCAUCAACCUGUUCCAAUGUCUUCAUCCAGUAUUGAAGAGAUACAGAGGCUCACAGGAAUUCAGAUUUCUGGCUUGAAACUAGCUCCACUGUAUGAGCUAAUUGUUCAGUCUACUCUUAAAGAAAAAUGCAGUGAAGACUUGUCUACAAAUAAAUCUUGUUUCGUUGUGUCUCUUCCAGAUUGCCCAAAGCACUGUUACUUCAUAAACAAGGGUUCAGAAAAAUCAGAUUUAGCAGGAGCUUUGGUCAGUAAAAUCCCAUUUAGCCAUCCAAAGUGCGUGCCUGGUGUAAUAGAGAUUCUUCGACAUCAAGUGGCAUAUAACACUCUUAUUAGCAGCUGUGUCUCUGAGAAGCAUAUAAAUGAAGAUGAUUCAGAACUGCUUUACUUUGAAGUGGUACCACACAAGAACACCAGCUUUUCUGUCUUUUUCCUUCAUCCUGUGAAAGAGAAUUUAGCCUGUGUUGUAAUUGAUGUUAUAAGCUCUAGAGAAGUCCAAUGUCACCUUCAUUUAAAUCCUCAAGAUCCAACUCUAAAUUCUAGUGAUGACUUCAUAGCAAGAGUUGUGAAACGUUGCAUGUCAGUCCCAGUUGUCAUGAGAGCUCUUUUCAGGAAUGCUGCCAAGGUGAAAGCUGACAGUGAAACACAAGACAUGGACAUGGAACAACAACCUAAACCACAAUCGGAGCAAACUACAGAUUCUAACAGUCUCAAAGAAAGCCUUUCUGGGGCUGGUCAGCAAGACUGGACAGCGACAGAUAAGCCAAAUAAUACAGACAGCACAGAAGAAAAUUUCUCUACAGUCAAACUGGAAACUCUGGGUGAUAACAUGGAAAAAAAGUAACCUCUCACUAUGCACUGAAACUUCGUGGAGGAAAGUAAUUCCAUAGCUAGUAUAGAAGUGAUAUGAUAGACAAAAACCUGAUGGCUUUGCAAACAACAACAAAAAAGUCUACUUAGUAAUUUGUGAAUUGUAUCUCCUCCUUGCAAACGUUUACAUAUGGGAAAGUAGUUCCCUUGAAUCUGCAUUUUUAAACAUCCAAAUCUGUAAAGUCUAAAACUGUUCUAUUAUUUUGUCUUGUUACUGAAAACCUCAAAAAUUGUCUUGGUAAAUAAGAUUCCCUCUAACACUGUCUUUUUUAUUGUUAGAAGGGAAGGCAUUACUUUAUUCUUGGUCAAGAGAUGUGUGUGGCUGACAAAGUUCCAGCCUCAAUGCUGACCCUGAUACAAAACUAUUUCACUUAUUUAUGCACUUUUAGCAAACAAAGACAUUAAUGUUCAUUGGUUUAAUUAGUAUUCUAUACCCUGUUAGUUAUUGAUUUCUUUCUCUUCAUGCUAAUCUGGUCCUCAUCCUUUUAUCUUUUUCUCAGACAGUCUCCAACUUUCCAGGCCUUAAUCUCCUCUAUAUCUUCUGGUUACUCUAAUGUCCUUGAAUGGCGAUAAAUUUAAGAUCCCAGAUGCCAAAUCUUCUAAUUCCUUUGGUUUUGUUUAUUGCAGAUUGUUAAAACCAAGCGUAACAAUCUUAAGGUUUCAGUGAUUUAAUGAUCAUAGUAGGUCUGUGAAGAAACUCAACUGGUGUUGGCUAAAAGAGGGCACUGCUUACAAUUGGUUAAAACAACUAUUUAAAAAUUAGUUAGGUAAGUUACAUAACUUCCAAGUCUGCACCAUAUAUACUAUCAGACUAUGGAAGAAAUCUGUGUCUAAUACACAUGAUACAGUCUGUAACACAACACAGGCAUUUGAAGAAAAGUGAUGUUUAUCCAUGUCAACAUUAUGCUAAAUAAAUUGAGAAAAAGUUACUUGAA